CCGUGGUUACCGCUUAUGCCAAACCUGACAACAUAAUUGUAGAUUUAAGAGGUAAACGCCAAAGAAAAAUAUCAUGAAAGAGAGACGGGGGUCAACGGGUAUGACGGGCCGAAUCCUAAGGAUUAGUUGAGGCGGAUUAUAUGCUCGCUUCCGGGUUGUAUUGACAAGUCUGGAUGGAUCUGAUGGAUGUAUGGGAUCCGAUCAGCCUGGUUCCCAAACGAGAAUUUCAGAGGGUCGCGGUAAACAUUGCUGUUUCUUGUUUCUCGCGCUUGUUUCAUUUUCUCGACCCAUUUUCCCUUUUGUCCUGUCAGAAAUGUUUCGUUUCAUUGAUAUAUCCAUCACAAAUUCUGGGAUUCUGCCUUUUUGCUUUGCUCUCCUCCCCCACACUUGUUUGGUCUGUCUGACUAACUAACCUACACGUUCUUGUGUAUUCCCCUUAUUCUCCUCGC